AUGGCCAUGUUUGCUCUCAGACUUGCGCCUUUAGAAUUGAUCUUUCAAGGAACAGUUGAGGAACAGACUUUCUAUGAACAGUUCAAGAAAAACGGACAAGCACCUGACAUGAUUCUCUGGGAGAGUGCGCUGGAGUGGCAAAAGACGAUUGAGGGUUACCUCGGCCAGGACUUGGCAGAUGUGGUAUUGCGAUGUGUGGGACUGCGUUUCUCUGUUGUUCCGGACUUGGGAAAGGCUGAGUUUAUUUCUGAAGUGUUGACCUGUGUCAUCGAACCUCUGGAGGACUAUAUUAGGGGUUCGAUUCGUCCUAUAGGCGACACCAGAUCGGACGCCCGCAGCAUUGUCCUUGAGCAGCACCUCAGCGCCAUAGCAGUUAUCUCUGACAGGUUCGAUUGGCUUCCCAUAUGA